AAUGAUUUAAUAUUCGUAUCUCGCUAUGAAUUCGAAUCAGAAUCGAUCCGCGAGGAGAGUCAGUUUUGCAGGACCAACUGGCAAGUCUUCUGAUUCAUUUUUCUUGGCCGCCACUCAGAAUCAAGAUGAGUCAUUUAGUCUUCAGGAUAAGAAUAUUCUUAGGAAUAGAAACAUCAAGGUUAACUUAAGGGAAGCCAUAUCUUGUUUACCUAAAAAUUCUCCGUUACCCUGGACCAAUUUAGAUAUUGGUGAUCUUGUAUACGUGAGAUCUAAGUCCCCAGGCAAAGAUAUGAAUACUACGAAGAGCAAAGAGAAAGAAGAGUCAAAAUUGUCCCAUAACCUUUCUCAACCUUGCACUAAAGCUUCUCACGAAGAAUUUGAAAAAUCAUCAAUCUCUUUAGGGAGGAUAUUAAAUUCAGAUGGAAUUGAUCAUGAGAAGCGUCAUAGAUCGCCAACAAAAAAAUCUAGAUCCACUUUAACAAAGCCCCUUAUAAUCGAAAGGCUGAAGAGCGACUUCCAACAGGCUGAUACAUUCGUAACAAAAAUACGUGCUAGACGUAAUUGGUGCCCUGAAUUUCUAACGAGAUAUUUUCGCGGGAAUUUUCAAAAGGAAGAAAAUCUGGUGCCAGCUUCGAGAAAGACAUUUUCAAAAUGCGUACCGGAGAGACCAAAAGUUUUCUCCAUUGGAUUACACGGUAGAUCCAAUAAAAUUCGUGAAAAUUAUAAUAUCGUUUCUCAAGUCGACUGCGCCAUUAAAAAUAUAAAAACAUGGCUGGACGCCGCGGAACCACGAAAAUCUUCUAGGACUCGUAAUUCUACCGUUUACCAACGUGUUCAACAAGAUGAUCGUUCUUCGGAGAUUUCUGACCUUAAAUAUCCCUAUCCGCUGUGCAAUAAGAUUUUGAUAGAAAAUAAUGACUCAGUGAAGAAAUGCCUCUUAUCAUCGAACAAGCACGUAGAGUUAUCACAGAGAAACGAUGGCCCUGAAUUCUUACAGAAUUCGAUUAAUUUGUCCCACGAAUAUAAAUUUCAGUCUCGAUCGGAUUCAGCUACAAAAAAUCAUCACUACGAGGGAGUCGCGCUCGGGCUGAAAGGCACUGUACACGAUCACCGGAAACAUGAACUUAGUAAAAAUCAUUACAAAAUCGAUGACCUGAAGUUCCAAGGGAAUCGUUCGACUCGUAACAAUGAAAAGAGUCAUAAGAAACAAUCUUGCACCUGUCAAAAUAACGAGACGUCGCUGAAUCAUCCCAGAGGCACGAAUGAUUCCGUAAUGAUUAAACGCAAGCGUAGAGUUUCAAAGCAGUGCCUUGAGAACAUGAAAAAAAGUCAAGAUCUGGAAGCAGAUCUUCGUAGAAAGGCUGAUGAUUUCAUCUCGAAUGAAAAAACCGUAUGCGAGAAAAUCAAUGAUCCAUUUGUCUUAGGUUCAUCCGUUACGAAGUUACAGGAAGCGGAAGACUCUUUGGGCACGUCCAAAAUUCCACUGCAUGUGUCGAAGAAUCAUUAUCGGCAGCUUACUAAAACUUUGAAUGACAGUGACCUCGUGGACCAAGAUAAAAGUAAAACUCAUGCGAAGUCAAGGCUGAGGAAAAAAGCUUAUAAUGAAUAUAAAAUUCAAAAAUAUCAAGAAAAGUACAAAAGAAGGUCCAGAUCCAGAAGUACUAGAAGAUGCAAGUCUAAAAAUUUUAUUUCAAAGGAUAACGACAUUUUAUUGUCCAAGGAACCUUUGAACGUACACGAUUACGACACUGUCAUUUACACCGAUGACAAUUCUUCUUAUGUAAAUAUUGAGGAUUUUCCAAAAAAUGUAAAAAUUGCAGAAAAACAAUAUUUGACUGCCGAAAGUGUUUUGCUGGAGGAUCAAUGGACAAUUCGAUCUGGUAGAUCUGGAUCGAGGAAAGAUGCGUUAUCAAUGAGACAGGAAAAUUAUUAUAAAAUGGUUUCGGAGUCGAAGGUAACGGAAGCUCGAUUACUCGAUGACAUUAAAAGAAGGAUUGAUCAGGACUUUGAAGAAAGCUUCUAUUGCAGAGCUAAUGACCUAGGAGCACGUUCGUCUCUGUCAUCGUUUGAUUUCGAUGACAAUUUUGGCACUCGGGCUGUCAAUGAAAAAGCUCCGAGCUUCGAAAGAGACUCAGCUUUGAAUCUUCAUAUGCGCGUAAAGUCAGAGGACUCCUCGAAAGCGAAUGAUAUUUUUAACCUGCCUAGGGAGAAGCUAAGAAAUUCAAGAUCCGCUAGCGGAAUGGAUGAUUAUGUCACGGUUUAUUCCAAUGACACACAAAUAUGCUCGAGACCAUACUCAAAUUUGGAUUUAGUCUCGUCGAAGAAUUUUGAUAAUAUCACUAGGACGACGAAUCUGGAGCAACGGUAUUCAUUAUGCGAUGGAGAAAGUAACGAAAUUAAUAUUUCACGUAGAAAUUAUUUUUAUAGAAGAGAGUUGCUUUUUGAAAAUUCGAAAAAAUUUAGCCAAAUACCGAUAGGCAUUGAGAAUUCAGUUUCGACAAAGUCGAUAAAUAAUUUAUCCAACUAUUCGGAUCACGAUAAGUCAGCGGUAAUAUUCCCUUGGAAGACUUCCAAAUUGGAUUUGGUGGAAUCCGUGGAUUCUGGUGUUUUGACGGAUUUCUCGAAAAACGAUCUCCAUCGUAAUUCGCAAAACGAUGACAUGUCGGAUAACAAAGACAAGACAGAUUUGGAAACGAAAGAGAAUUCUGCGAUGCGUAAUGACUUCUUGGUAUCUGACUCGGAUGAUGACUCGGAUGUUUUUUUGAGUAAAAAAUUGGAAAAGGCUGUCGAAACUUUUACAGAAAAAUUAAUAAUGUGCGAGAGGAGAGCGAAAGCUCGGGCGAGACAAAAAAAUGCCUGCAUCUUACUAAGAGAAAAUACCAAGCAUAGAAAAUCCAAAAAGAAAUCUCAAAAAGAUAAAGAGGUACAAUGCUCCUCUGAGCACAGCACAAAAACCUUUAAGAGUUCCUACAGCAUCACGGAUCCAUCCAAAGCAUCACAAUGGUCCAGCGAGGAAGAGCAGAUUGCAGACCUCUCAACUCCUUCGUUAUUCUCCUUGUCGGAUUCCGAGAUAGAGAGCUCAGAAUUCAUACAGCCGAGAAACAGAAUUAUCUUCGGUCGCAGAAUCUGAUAACAAUGACACAAUAUAUUAUUUUUUUUUUUAAAUUAUCAAUCUUGUUGAAAUAUCUGUAAUUGUGUCCCGAGUGGUAUCUCUAUAGUAAACGCACAUAUUUGUCCA